CUUCAGUGUUUGCCGUACGCGAUUCCUUGCCAUUCUUAAGCUAGACAGUUGCUGUGAACGGUGAACUUAAUUUUUAAAUAAGCUUAUUUUAUAACUGGGACUCCAGUUGUAUAUUUACCCAAGCCUGUUUACACAAACAAGACUUUUGCUUACCUCGCUGUUAACGGCUUAGAUUUGGGGGAUUUUAAGAGCAACCAAAAUUUUCAAAUUAUAAUCUGGAAGCAAGGUGAGCUAUUAAUUUAUCUUGACAUUGAUGAUAUUUGCGUGUAUGUGUACGUAAGCAUUUUGCACGUUUACACCUAUAAUAUAUAAGCUCUGUGAUGUUUUAUUAAAUAUUCGUAAGCCUCAGUUGCUGUUAGUUCUUGUAAUGUAGUUCUCGGUGAGAACGCAGCGUGCUAUACACAGUCCUUUGCUCUGUGCACAGCAGGUUUUACAGUCCGAAACUGAGAACUGAAAGGUGCCCACCGCGAAUAAGACGUCUGCUAUUGCCUGCUGUAAUUGUUUAACGAUUGUACCACCUCCGUGACGGAAUCUUCUUCUUAAUAGGUAUGACACUUCAGUUAUUAUAUUAUGCUUGGAUCAAAAGAUGAGAGGUUUAAUACAAGCGGGCGGUUGCAUGCAUGCACGUUACGCGAGCAUGAUUGUUACAAAUGGGCACCAAAUCGCAUCGUCGUUUGGCUAUAAAAGUGGUUAAUGCAUGCUCGAGCUCUGACCGAGGUUUCAUCCCUAUAGCUGCAGCUAGUAUGUAGCUUCUGAUUAUCAUUUCGUCUUCAGAGUGUUUCCGUUUGACGCCACCAAACACCACAGGUUAAUUCCUUCAGUUCCUUCUGUUGUAUAAUACUGAAUUAAUAAGAGAUGGUUCUCACUGGAUCUCUAGAAAGGACAGCUUAGAACUGAUAGAGUUAUCUAGUAUAAAUGUAGUUAGUGUAUUUUUUUAGGUUAAUCCUCUUGUAGCCAAUAACACCGGAUCAAUGCGAGACGGUUCUUUCUGCAUGAUCUGUAGGGAGAACAGUUUAGAACUGAUAGAGUUAUCCAGUAUAUGAAAGUUAGUUUAGUUUAGGUUUCCUCCUGUAGUAACACUGGAUCAAUAGGACAUGGUUCUUACUGGACCUCUAAAAAGAACACUUUAGAACUGGCAGAGCUAUCUAGUAUAAAUAUAGUUAUAGUUUAUAGUUUAGCUUUCCUCCCCGUAAAUACCACCGGAUCAAUUUGAGACGGUUCUUACUGGACCUCUAGGGAGGGCAGAUUAGAACUGAUAGGGCUAUCCAUGCAGAAUAGAUAAAGUUCGUCUAGUUUAGGUUUCCUUCUGUAGUAACACUGAUCAAAUAAGGAUGGUCUUACUGGAUCUCUAGGACGAGCAUACAGUUUAGAACUGAUGGAGCUAUCCAGUAUAUACUUUAGGAGUUACAAGAUCUAUUGCAUGAAAGGAGAACCGGCAUUUUCUUCGCAUGUUUAAGUUUUUUUAUAUGUUGCUCGUUUGAUGAAAAUUCACUCGCUGCAUUCACUUGCGAUUGUGCUCGUGUGCAAAUUUCAGCGUAAAUAACACCUGAUCCAACUCGAGGCAAGGGAAAUCAGUUAAACGGAUUUGCGCUGAUCAGUCGCGAGCACCAUUCCAUUUUGGGGAGGAAAUUUUGGCAUCAUGUACAUGCAAAUGUAAUAUUAGAGAGGUUAAGAUACCCCGGUUUCGGUGUACGGGCCGGUACGAGUAGUGUCAUCUUGUUUUACUGAUGUCCGUAAUUCGAUCAUACUUUUUCUGUUUUCGUGCAAUAGACAAUAUGAUAUAAUGCGAAAAAUGUGCACCUUAAUUACGAGUAAAGGUACAGACAUCGACGAAAAUAUUGCUAACCAAAAUCACGCACCGAAACCGGGGUAUCUUAACCUCUCUAAUAUAAAUCAAUGGUGCGCUUCGUCAAUCAGUUCUGAUUUUAACUAAUGGGAUUUUUUAUAACGGACGUUUUUGAGCGAUAUUUAAAGCCUUGUUCAAAUUUAAAGAGUAAAACCUAAAUACUUGUAGAAUGCGAUAAGGCAAAUUCGUAUACAUUAUAUUGGUCUACUUUAGCGAAAUAGAGAUACCUAGCUGGAUCGACUCGUUGGCCAGUUACCUGUGUCUCGGCCCGUGUGAAAUCGAAAGCGAAAUUAAGCCUUGAAUUAUACCUCAGAAAAUAAGAUAUCGUUUAGUCUUUAGACAUAACAGAGUUUUAUUAAUCAAGGAUACAAAUAAUCAUGUCUGUCCAAAAAGCCGAAUAUUAGGUCUCAAAAGUCACGAUUUGAAAACAUUCUUACUGAAAAAGUAAACUAUUAUAAUAAAUAAAUAAACCGAUCCAGAGCCCAUAUAUAAUUGUUUUCGUAAAUUCGUCUUUAUAUAACAUUUAACCCACGCACAUUUUUUUAAAAUAAAAGCUAAAUUUUAAUCUCUAAUUCUGCAAUUCAUCCUUAUCGCGAUAGAUGAAUUUGUGCGCUAUAAAAUUUAGGUUUUAAUUCAUCAACUUAAUUUAAUGAAAAAAAAAUGUUUACAACUUUGGGUAAAAUGCUGCCUCGAUGAUUUUAAUUAUAAGGUGGAAAUGCAGUGACUUAAGCAAACAAAAAAAGAAAAGGCGAAAAGGUCAAACAGUAUUAUUUAGAGGAAUGUAGAUUUAUUGGUGGUUAGACUAGCUACACUGACUUCAUCAUUGUAUACUGUCCUCGUUAACGUAGAUUUCCAGUAAGCUCAUUGCAUAUUCGUCCAUUGCAUAUUCGAAGAUAGCAGAAUUCCUGGAGAACACCUGUGGUACUUUGGUAGAAUAAAACUGGAACCACUGUUCUCACACCCAUGCAACUGAGGCCUUAUUGUUUUCUAACCGCGGAAUUUUCCUAGUGUAUUUCUUAGGCUAGCGAGAAUUCGAACCACGCCCCUCAAUGUUUCAAACCACGCCGACAGCGUACGUAUAGGCCGUGAUCAAAAUACAAAGACGUUCGCCUCUGGUCUGUCUGAAAAAUAAAAAAUUGCAUUCAAGAGAGGUUUCGACUUUCGAGUGGACGCCUUUUGUCAACGAGUUGAGUUGGAACAUUGAUCCAAACUUUGAUAUAUUUAACAGUGUAUUACUCGGACUUUUCCGAAUGUUUCAUAUUUGCUUAGUUCUCGGAAAGUGAUAUAUAGAUCAGGUCAUAUAAUUCUGACAUCUUGAGGUAUUUCAGGCUUAAAGUACUAUUAACGAAUUUACACAUGUUUUAACCAUGGUUAAAAUUCUUCAAAGAUAUUUUUGAAGAAACGUGCAAACGUGAAGGGUGAACGGGCUUUGAACCUGCAAAAAAAAUUUAUUGCAGCGUAUGGUUAUAAAAAUAUCACAAUUCGUUGUUAGUGCUUAAACUGAAAUUCUGCAUCAGCACAAAAAAUUAUUAAUAAUUAAAAAUUACUAGAAAUUUCCUAACCGUGUACCCUCAUGUUUUGUAAUAUAGGACAAUUAGUACGAUAUCCACAGAAAUUAUCAACUGGUAUGCGCGCCCUUACCAGUUUUGUUUAUUUAUGCCAGCCGUUGACCAAAACUGAUUACCAUAUUUAGCCAGUCGUUUACGUUUUGCGAGUAAAUUGCAUCCCUCAGAGGUAGAUUGCCAUACACCCAGCGUGAAAAUAUUGUAUAAACAUAGACGAAAAAAAGGAAUCAUAGCAUGUCUCAAUUACGAUUAAUUAAAAAGGAUAAUUCGUAAAUACUUUCGUGCGCGCAACUCCCAAAAAAGGUCAAAUAUUUUCAUUCUCGACGCCUAAAUAUAAAACUUGCGGUAGGCGCACGGGGUGGGCUGGUGGGAAUGCGCGUGUUCCUGGUGCGCGCAAAUUGUGCUAAAGUUCACAUGGUGUACUCGAUGAUUACGAUUACAAUUUACGAUUAUACUGUCUUUGCCAAACACCGCAUGCAUGUUUUCCUUUGGUUCCUUCUGUAGUGACUCUGGGUCUAUUAGGCCCCUUAGAGAGAACAGUUUAGAACUGAUAAAACAAUCCAGUAUAACUAAAGUUAGUUUAUAGUUUAGGUUUCCUCCUGUAGUAAUACUGGAUCUGUAAGGGAUGGCCCUAUAGCUUUCUGGACCUCUAUACAGAGAACAGUUUAGAAUUGAUAAAGAUAUAUCCAUUAUAAAUAAUGUUAGUUUAUGUUUCCUCCUGUAGUACUGGAUCUGUAAGGGAUGACCCUAUAGCUUUCUGGACCUCUACAGAGAAAAGUUUAGAACUGAUAGAGCCAUCCAGUAUAAACUUAACGGUCUGUGCCAGUGUAGAUAUUGCCAAUAAUAACAACAGAUGCGACUACUUGAUAAAUACAAUGAGAAGUUUUGUCUAACCGGUAUCAAGUCAUAGUUUUUAUAGUAUAUACCGCUUGUAGAAUCUUGGCAGGCAAAUGCGAAUAAACAUUUUAUCUCAACGUGUGGCAUAGGAUUGCGUGCUGGACAUUAACUACAGCGCAGCGCGAGAAAACGGAAAGAAAACUAUGCAUUUUACACAUUCCUUCUUACGGAUCCCAUUUUCUCCCUUACAAAUCCUUCUAAACCUAUUAUAUUUAUUCACACGAGUACCAUUCCUAACUUUAUCCCCUUAAAACUGUCUGUUUUCACACGCAAAAAAACAAUGGAGAUGUUUCCGUAAAAAUUCUUGCAUUUCGUGCGUUCACGUGAACCACGGGACUCGAUCUCCAACAUAUUCCGUUUGUUUUUCUAAACAUUUUCAGCAGUUCUCUUGCCUAUUUUGGCCAUGUUAUGUCACUUGUGUUGAUCUUUCUUUCUCUUGUAUACAUUUAGCACCGACUGGAAUCCUCAGUGUGCAAAAAGCAAUCUUUGAGAACACUUCAACGAAGAUCAGUCACAAUUCUCACUAAAUGGAAGUACAACAUCGGUUACACGUGCGACGUAAGUUUUUAAUGUAUUUACACUCAUUUAUUUUGCGAGUAAAUAUUUGUUGUUUCCAUCUAUAACAAAUAGCUGUCUAUAAAUAUUUACCUUACAAAUUGCGCACUGUAAUGAGGCAUGGUGUUAAACUCGUGUUUCAAUAUAGUCAAGGUUGUUAACCCUAAAGACCGGUUUACAUUAUCAACGUUUCUGUGAUCACAGUAGGAAUUUUGCCAAGUCAACAUGUUUGUUCUUGUGGUACCAUUAUCAUAUAUUCCAAACACACAUUUCUUAAAAUGCGUCCUUUUAUAAAGUAUUCUUGUUUGAAGUCGGGUGUGGCCUCGCCGAGCUGCGGGAUAAAUUCGUAAGAAUUUGUAAGAAUUUUUUGAUAGAAGUGAUUUUUUAAUACUGAAUCAGUUCCCUCAAACAUUUCUUACAAAUCCUUCAAAUCUUACAAUUUACCUAUAUGCAAAAUUCAUACUGUGAUCACAGAAACUUUUAGUGUAUAAUCCAGCCUUAAAGGGAAAGCCGAUGUUGGUACAAAACUUGAAAGUCCUUGAAUGUCCUUGAGUUUGAAAACAAAAAUUCAAGGCCUUGGAUGUCCUUGAAUUUGUAAAGAAGUACUUGAAAGUCCUUGAAUUCUUCUUGCUUUAGUUUUCGGAUAUUUCCUGAAAUUGUGUGACAUUCAAAACGGACAUUUUGCCGUUGAACUGAUUUUACAUGUUCAUAUCUGCCCUCAUUAAAGUUAUACGUUUAGAACAAUUCAACGUCAGAUUUUACUGAUUUCUAACGUCUUCUCGUGAGUAUUUAGUCUUUGAAUUUGCUGAUACAUGGCCUUGAAUGUCCUUGAAAAGUCCUUGAAUUUGACUCUCCCUCAGACAUGUACGAACCCAGUGUUAUAAGCAAGGCUUAAUCUAGUACGCGGGUACUUAAUCUAUAGACAUAGUAAGGGUCCAACCAGAGUGGGUCCAACAAUGUUGGGAAGAGUGUCGGUGAUUGCGCGUAACCGUCAAAUGUUGCAAAAUCAGUGUUGAUAAAAAAUUUUAACAUGAAGUCAAAUGCGAUCCAACAUCUUCCACCAUCAGCCAACAUCACCAACAUAGUUUUCCGUCAACGAGACCAUGCAUGUUGCAUUCAGAAAUAUUGGAUAAUAUUGUACCUAAUGUUGGUCUCGUAGCUGCGAGCAGGCUAGUUUUGAACAGCUUGAGGAUAACGCGCAGUCCGAUGGCGUUUGAUGAUUCAGUGUGAUCAUUGAACACGUGGCUCCCCAAACAUUGCCCAGUGCUGUUGGAUCAAAAGUGUUGGACGAUGCUGGAGUCGUUUUAACGAGGGUAAUGGGGAGCUUUAACAGCGACUACGAGUACGAGAUUUGAUCGCGUGCGAGGAAGUCGUAGUCGUUCUCGUUUCCGUUCAAAUGUUGCUUUUGUACAGUAGCAGUAAACAAACAACGAGAGAAAAAGUUUCUAUAAACUAAAUCUCAUGCAAGCUAAAAUCCCCUACAAAAUUAGCCCCUUCUAUAUGAGGAACAAUACACGAAUUAUAAGUGCAAAUAAGUCAUGAUAUUAAAAACGAGCCAGAUAUUUAGUACUAAUAGAUUAUUUGCGCCGGAUACUGAAACGCUACAAAAUUAUUUUUGAAAAACAAAAAAAAACAACUUCUUUGUUUUUUAAAAAGUCGUCGUGAGGACCACGAGAUUUCUCCAAAAUUUCGUACUCAGAUGGGCGACGGCCACGACGUUUUCGCGUCAGUAGCUACAGGAUGGUGUAAGCAUACAGCAUGCGUUUCGCAUUGACGAAUCUCGUACUCUUAGUUGCCGCUAAAGCUCUCUAAUGUUCAAACAGAGCAGACAUUUUGCAUUCAACAGAAUGUCGGAUCAACAUGUUGGACUGGCUUGGAUAGACUUUGCUGUUUAUUGCAAGUUGUUCCACAUGCAAUGGCCUCACUUUCAUGUUUGCCUGUCUUAGCACGUCUUGCGCACAUCCCACGCAUGUUUCGCGUGCACGAGUGAUGAUUCUCUUUGAUCUUGAUCCCAAUAACAAGCCCAUCCUUAACCCUAUCGCGCACGAAUUAUGAGGAAAUAACCAUAUAAAAACCAACUGGGCAUGCAUGCAAGACAGUGCAAUAAACAGUACACAAUCUAUUGGUCUUAAAUUUCAUUAACGAUUAACUGGUUGGCAUGGAUUUCUAAGACAAUGGAACAUUCCCAAUACCGGUUCGUGACUGGUUGCGUUGUUCGCGUUAAUGCGCUCGGGACAUACUUAGAUAAUAACAUCAUAAUGUUUACAUUUAACGCCGAUACAAAAAUAAUCCGAAACAAAAAUUUCCUGCACUUCAGAGAAAUAUUUGAUCUGGAUUUUCAAGAAUUAAGACGGAUCUGCGUAAUGUCUGUAAUUAGAAAGGAAAUGGCUAUUUCAAUUGUCACGUUUGGUAUUUGCGAUGCGAGUACGAUUCCAAUAUAUAGAUUGGACGCGACAUCGAGUUCCCCAAUUAUUUUGGUAACAUGGUUCGUUUUAGCCGAGAAAAGCGAAUCUAGAGGUUAUGUAAAUGAGGACGAAAUCUUUAUCCGAUUUACAGAUGAUUAAACAUCUAUUUCUUUUGAAUUUACUUAAUGAAUUAUUAAUGAGAUUGUUUUAAUGUAUUAUGCAGUGUAAUAACUGAAUGGCCAUAUUUUUUCCCAGUGGCAGUGCCAUGCAAAACUUUUCACUUAACUUCAUCAUUUCAUGGUCUAGAAUUUCAUAUUGCAGUCAGAAGCAUAGUAUCAUUUGUAUACGAAUAUAUAUAUGAUUAAAUAAGAAAUAUGUACAGCUUUAAAUGAUGGGAGCCAGUGUAGGAUGCGAAGAGUACAAUUUGUGAGCAUUUGUGUACGAUGCAUGACCGUUUUGGUCAGAUUGUCCGUUCUGUAAUCCAAACUUUUUGAGGUAUACAGUCUCUGAGUGCCCUCUAAUUUUAUAUUUUUGGAAUUGAGAAUUGGUCAGCGAACGCCUAUCGAUAAUGGCCUUUUAGGUCUAAUAUUGCGUUAUAGAACCAGCCCCUUCAAAGUCUGCACAAUCACCCCCUCCCAAUGCUGCUCUAAAUAAAAAUGAAUGAAUGAAUGAACAACUUCUUUUAAAGAGGAUAUAAACACAUGACAGUAAUCUCUUCUAUCACAAGAACAUGGCCGGAUUCAACCCUCGUCUGAAUAUCUGCAGUUCAAUUGUCAUAUGUAGUUUGCCUUGAAGGGAAAGGGUGCACCCCUGAAAAGCUUACCCCUUUCUAUUAAAUGAGCAUGUGGAAUCUUCCAUACCAGAUGUGUCUGCACCCACCAUCAAAAUAAUCCGAAUCUGCCCUGAUGCUAGCCUGUACCCUCUACUUCAACCCAACUAUGUCGAGUUGGACAAUGUUGAAUGAAAAAUUUGAAUUUCAAAAUCAAACUUGAUCCAACAUUAUGAAACAUAUAAAUGACCCACAAUGUAGGUAGCCAAACUACAAGGUUAAGUCUAUAAUAGAAUGUUAAGUCCGUAACCCUCCGUGACCACUUAAUUAAGGUUAUAUCCGAUACUAUGGUAGGAUUGGUAGCCACCAGGUCUGUGAGUCUGGAUCCGUCUCUGCCACCAGCUUGAUUUUCUGCAGCUCAAGAACAGGCAAUACCACUAAUGAUGACAUUCGCGGGUGAAGGGUACAGCCCUUGAAAAACUACACCCCCUAAACUAAAUGAGCGUGGAGAAUCCCUCAAUACCUAGCCUGAAUUGUCAGCAGUUGAAGGACUCCAGUGUAUCAUGUUCCCCAAGGAAUGUCGUUUUCUCAGUUGGACAAUUUACCAAAACCCUGGACCUCUGACAAACAACGAGUGCACUCUCAAUGGGGCAUUCCUUAUGUAAACAAACGUUAAGCACAAAAAGCUAGUGUUGCCAUUUGAACAUAAUCCUGUUUCUCUUCAGACGCAUGUGUUCUGGCAAAUGUAUUUCAACAUUUGUAGAAAAACAUCGUGAAUUUAAAUCAUUGUAUCCGAUUUACUGCUUCAUUCACGCAUUUGGCAGCGAAGAGCACGUUUGGUCACUCCAACACAUUUCACUUCCAAUUUGCAAUAUUUUGUAAGUACACUUCUUUGUAACAUUUCUUUUAAUAUUUUGACAAUAUAUUUUUCAUCUAUAUUUAAUCCACGGGGUUCCAGUUAUUCUACAAUAAUCUGCUGUGGUUUGUGCCUAAACUACCUGAAAACGAUAUCUCAGACGUAGGGAUCUAGUGUAUAUCAAUAAACUGCCGUGGUUUGUGGCUGAACAGCUGAGAAAAAGAUCUCAAACGUGCAUGGGGGUCUAGUGUAGGUUGUAUUCUCCAAUAAGCUGCCGUGAUUUGUGUCUGAACUACCUGAAGAAGAUAUCCCAUACGUGUAGGUACAGUGUAGGUUGUAUUCUACAAUAAGCUGCCGUGGUUUGUGUCUGAACUACUUGAAGAAGAUAUCCCAUACGUGGAGGUACAGUGUAGGUUGUAUUCUACAAUAAGCUGCCGUGAUUUGUGUCUGAACUACCUGAAGCAGAUAUCCCAUACGUGUAGGUACAGUGUAGGUUGCAUGUAUUCUACAAUAAGCUGCCGUGAUUUGUGUCCGAACUACUCGAAGAAGAUGUCUAAUUUGGGUAACACAUAUAAUAAUUAUACAUAGUAACAAAAAUGUGGCCCUCUGUAUAUAGCUACCUUUAGUUAAUACUGUAUAUUACAAAUAGUUAGCUAGAUCUAUAAAUAUGUCCAGAAUUAAAAUAACAACAUUAAUCUGAAUAACAAUAUGAUACAAGCAAUAAGACUGAACUAUAUAUAUAUAGUCCAAACAAGAAAAUGAUGUCAAAGUCCGAUAGUUGUUUCUAUAACAUUCCUGCAUGAUUAUGAAUAAGAUUAUGAAUAAGAUUCCUCGUUUCGAGGUUAGCUAAACCUUCUUAUACGAAGGGCCUUCCCUCGUAUUGGCGAAGUGUUUGAAUUGUGUGCAUGAUGUCUAGGAGUUCUUGGACAGUUAUUGUGGAAUGUUAAGAUAUUUAGUGAAUUUGACAGAACCGCUAAUUUAACUAUAGGAAGGUGUUAAGAAAGGGCAUUCCUUCCUGGGUUAGCGCUGCAACCCUAAAAAGUUCAAUGGACUCGUUUUCAAGAGAGCCGGAGCAUUUAUUGACUUCGUCGUCAUCGGAUUUCAUUUGGAUCUAUAUUUUAAAUCUGAUUUUUGUUUAACUAAUGCUAAGUGUUAAUGUCUAUUAAAAUUAUCCUUAUGUGCGGGAAUCAAUUCAGUCGCCAUUGGUCAAGUUCUGGUUUCGGCGGAUGUUAUAUUUCAUUGCUAUAUUUUGAUUCCUCGCUGCCAGUUCAGGUGAAGAUCUUAACAUUUUCCAGUUUCAAUGAAAACAUUGAUCCAAACCUCAUCCAUGUGUCCUAAACAAAUAUACGACUCGUGAUAUAAUAAUAAUAAUCUUUAUUCAUCAAAUAUCAAUACAGGCACAUAUGAAAUUACAUACGAUAAAAGAUACAAAACGUAUCUUUAUAUCUUAUAUAUAUCCUAAUAACUAUAAAAUAUAAGAUUAUAAAGAAUGCAUUUUCACUUCAUAUAUUAUGAAUGAUAAUAUAUGUGCACUGCUGUUCUGAUAAUCCAAUUUUUAUAAGAUCCACUUGAGUACGAAAUUGGCAAAAUUGUUAUAUACAUACAGCAAUGGCCAGUUUGUGGAUGCAAACGGUUAUAAUUUUAAGUUAGAUGUACUUGGUAAGAUCAACACCUAGUCUUAUAUCAUAUAGAAUAUAUAUUAUAGAUCAAAUGAUCAACCAAAUCCUCCCCAUAGUGGCAUGCAUGCGAGUAUGCACGAAAAUCAUAAAGUUUAUUUUCUCGAAAGCAUUCCGUGCCGGUUAAUUCUGUAUGGAAUGUUUAGUGUUUGAAAACAAAGAUUAAAAACCUCAGUUGAAGCACUGCUUACACACUAAUGCUUUGUCAUCACCGAUACACGCACAAAACUACGUAUAUUCACGCGUCUGAAAAUUCACAACGGACCUGACGUGUUUGGGAGAAUAAUAUACAACCCCAUAUCUCGUUGCUGACAACAUUUCUUAUUAAAUACCUAUGGAAGAGAAAUGCCUUUAUAUUGAAAGUAAUUCUGGCUGCGUCGCAAAGAAAGUUCCAGGCGAUUUCGUCUGGGUGUGAUUGUCUGGGAUGAAAUAUUUGCCAAUAAUAAAAACACCUCACCAAUUUCCGCUUCGUGUCACGGAAUGUUUACACACAUUCAAACAAAUAAAUCAAACAUCGGUGCUGAUAAAAACGAGCUGUGAAUGAAAACGUUGUAACUGCAUAGUUAAGUAAUUAUAUUUAUACACAUCGCCAUAUUGAUUCACUGUCUAGAUCAUACUGAAGAUUAAUUCUUAAUUGGAAGGCAACGCUCCUAUAAUCUUCCAAUUUAAUAGAAGAUUUUGAAUUUUGAAAUAUUGUACAGUGGAAUAAGCUGGCAUGGUUGGUGCCAGAACUACGUGUUAAUCUUUUCGUAGAAGAACCACACUGGGAUAGACCUUCACAUAUACAAGAUAUCAUUUUCAUUCAUACCCAAACCGGCUCGUCAAACCUAUUGUAGAAUACUACCUACACUGGACCACCACGUUUGAGAUAUCUUCUUCAGGUAGUUCAGACACAAACCACGACAGCUUAUUAUAGAAUACUAUACCUGUACUGGACCACCACGUGUGAGAUAUCUUCUUCAGAUAGUACAGACACAAACUACCACAGUUGAAGUUAUGAAUCUUAAACAUUUCAUAUACAAUGAUAGCCAUUUAUAAUCUAGUAAAUAAAUAGAAUACAACUUGUACGGUUUGAUCUCAUAGAAUUGCACACAGUCAUUUUAGGAAGUUCAUCCAGGGACAAUACCUUCAACGUUUCCUGAGAUACUGUACUAUAAAGUUCUGUUAUACCCUCCCACAUAAUUAGGCUACCAAUUAAGGUUUCCCUGUUAAUCAUGUUGAUAUUAUGAUAGUCUGUCAAUUUCAUUGAAAGUUUUUUUUUGCCAUAAAUCAUAAUAAUCUCGUCCACGACAAGAGCAUAUUUAUAUAGGCAUGGAUCACAAAAAAUAAGAUAUACCAAAGAUGAAAUUCGAUCAAAUAAAGACCAAUAAACUUCUUAUUGCGUGUAAAGACCAUGGUAAAACUCCAAUAUAUUUGACGUUAUUGAUCCAGGGCAUAAAAUGAUAACUUACUGGAAAGAGUCUAAAUCGGUUUAGGAAAACUAAGCGUAUUUAGCAUCGCUGAAAAAGGAAACACAUUCAGCAUAGUUUGUUAUUAAGGAUAUCUUCUUAUGUCAUUUGCAAGUUUUAAUUUAACGAUCCUGAUUCCAUAAUUUUAAAGGAACUGAAUAAAGCUAAACUGCGCAUGCUCAUUGCAGGAAUUGAACCCCAUUGGCGAAGGUGAAAGGCACGUGCGCACUAACCACCAAUACCUGAUGAGAACAUUUUCAAUAUGUGUGUUUUCUUGUCUGAUUUAAUUUGGCAGUGAAAGAGUCAUAUUUAUUUAACUUUAAUAAUUAGAGAUUUUGAAGUGUUUGGAUCGAUUCAUUACGUACAAUAGCAUGCAGAUAUAACAGUCAAUCGUAAAGAGUGCACGUAUAAGAGUAAAGUUAGAAGGUAAAAAAGGAAAAUAUAUCUCAAACGGAUGGUGGUCCAGUAAAGGUAGUAUUCUACAAUAAGCUGCUGUGGUUUGUGUCUGAACCACCUGAAAAAGAUAUCUCAAACGUGGUGAUCCAGUGUAGGUAGGAUUCUACAGUAAGCUGUCGUGGUUUGUGUCUGAACUACCUGAAAAAGAUAUCUCAAACGUGGAGGUCCAAUGUAUAGGUAGUAUUCUGGUAUGCUGCCGUGGUGUGUGUCUGGGCUAUCUGAAAACUAUUAAAAGCUCUUCGAAGUUUUUGCGCAAAAAUCCUAAGACGACAGGAGAUUAAUAGCCAAACGUCGAACUUGCUUUAAUCUUUUUAGGCAGUUCCGACACAAACCACUACAACCUAUUUAACACCAGAAAUAUCAGAGCGAUAUUUACAUCCAUUAAUUCGAGGUAUCCACAUACGUUUGUGGUCAUAUUGUAUGCAUUAAUUGCCUGUAUGGAAACUGAAAUAGGAUUAAUUGAAACCACAUCAAUGAGGCUGGCUAGCACACCAUGCAGUCCAACGACCAGUAAUUUUAACCAGGCUAAUACAAUUUUAAUAUUUUUACAUCCAGCGAUGUUAAUUUUCUGAAGUAAAUCACAGUUCUUGGUUUAUGUCUUAAAAAUUUGACAGAGGAUUCGAAGGAGGGCUAAAUUUUAGAUAGAAAAACUUAGUUUUGGCUGACGUACUAAUGUUAUCAAUACAGCACAUAUGUGCACCACUUGCCUGAGAAACAUUCGAACUACCGCAGAGGUGAAACUAACAUAUUAAGUGCAGGCACCACAUGUAGUGGCAUUGAUCCUGGCUUCAAAUUAACAGAGAAUCAUACCAGACAAUUUGUGUCGUAAUGAUGAUUCACAAACGCAUCAUUGUACAGUAGACCCGUUUUUAGAAAAGCUAAAAAAUAUAGGACUGCCUGAUAAAAAGCACAGCCUGAUUUGUAGUAAUCUGUCUUAUUCAUGUAUAGCCAAUUGUACUUAAAUCAGUGGCGAGAUUUGCAGUUGUACAUGUACAUAUAGGUUAUAGGUAGUAAAAAAUUGUUGGUUGCAAGUUGUUGGUUACUACCUAUAACCUAUAUGCACAACUGCAAAUCUCGCCACUGAUUUAAGUACAAUUGGCUAUACAUGAAUAAGACAGAUUACUACAAAUCAGGCUGUGCUUUUUAUCCAGUCCUAUAUUUUCUAGCUUUUCUAAAAAGGUGGAGCAUUCUUUGUAAAAACACUGUCUGAGGGCAAAUUCAAAGUGACCCUUUUCGGCCUUUUGUUUAGAGAAUUUGCGUUCACCAAAAAGAAUAUUUUUUUAAUAAUAAUAAUGUUAGUAAAAUGUAUCUUUGGUCCAUUAAUGACAUAGUAUUAAAAAAUGUAAUUUCUGGUUCAUAGACAUAGCAUUAAAGCGUGUCAUUAAUAAUAAUAAUAUUAAUAAUAACUUAACACAGUAUAACUAAUAUAUAAUUAAGGAUUAAGCUAUUGUAACAAUUGAUCAGAAUUUGUUCAUUAAUAUAAUACACUGAAACUACUAAAUCUAUUUUUUUUAAUAAAUAAAAGUAAAUAUAUAGCAUAACAUUAAUUAAAAAAAAGGAAAAUAUAACUUUGCAUAUGUAGUAGCCUUGUAUUUAAUGGAAGAAAAUGUAGGAUGUAUGGAGAUUUAGUCUAAAUUUGUUUGCUAUAAGUGUCAUUUCGCUUUUUGUAAAAGCUGAUGUAUUAUGCGCUGGUAUACAUGUAGUUAUACAUUAUCUGGUUAAUAGGUCUCACAGCUCAAUUUUGAUAGCCGGAUACAACGGGGACAUUCUUUGUCGUUGCUACUCGUACAAAUCCACAAAAUUCUCGCGCAGCCAAGGUGACGCUCAUCCCAUUAAGAACGCAGCGGCGAGCUGUUUUAAUACCCAAAAAUCUUGUUUGUUAAAGACAUGUUAGUUCGUUUCACAGGACGCUUUAAAACAAACGCUCGAUUUAUCACACACGGGGGCUCGAGCGAGGAUUAUGAAACAGAAAUAAUUGUAAAAAUAACUUGUAGCGAUGGGCGCACACUGUGAGGGGCUAACAGUAAGAAAAACUGUGAAAUCCAUGCAAUAGAAAGCAUAUUUGCAUCACUCAAUCCCAAAAAUUAACAGAGCAGGUCAAAAUUAGUUAGUAAAUAAAAUUUGAAGGCUAUAUUUUAAAACCUGUAGCGCCUAGCGUCGUUUCUAAAAACAGAAGAUUUAAUAUAGGGAAUGUGGGAAUUUUUGCAUUGAACUUUUUGCGCUGCAUGCUAAUCAAACCUCGACCCGUGCAAAUCCCCAUAUAUUUUCUAAUUAUUGUUUAUAGCGUCAUUGCCACAGUUUACAAACUAAAGCCCGCGAAUUUGUUGUGCUUAAUAUAAAAUCUUACCAGCCCUCAAUUUGUGGUUUGUGUACAGUGCUAAGAUGUUGAGUGACGAAGAACUCGAAAAAAAUUUUGUUCGAAGUGUGGUACUCUGUAAAUUUGUUACGUACUCUGUAAAUUUGUUGACUGAUUUCAUAAAGUGAUAUAAUAUAACGUAGCGUAUUCAUGCCAGGCAGAACUUGAUUUAGAACUUUAUUUAUCUUGAGGGUUUUAUCAAAUUUUCAAUCGGCUCAAAAGCCGUGGUACAGGUCUAUACUGUUAACAUAGUUUAUAUAUUCAAGAUUUGUACGAUUGAAGAUAUGUAACAGAUAAAUUACAUAAUUAGCAUAAAACACGUAUAUGCACCAUGCGAAAAGAAUGCGCAUUUCUAAACUGACAGCUGGGCGUGUUUGCGAGUGUUUUAUCGCCAGGACAACUCAUUAUCUCCGAUUUCGCUCGCCUGAAAAAGGUGACAAUUCAAUUGUCAGCAUCAAUAAACUGUUUUAAACAGAUUAUUGUGUUAGCCUAGUUACGCCUCUUCAAUGGACCAAUAUUUGUACUCUCGGGUGCGCAUGCUGCUCGCGAAUUCGCUCGCGCUUUAAAAUGAGGUUGGCAAUGCCCUACCCUCGCGCGCAUUUAUUUUGCGUCUUUCGGAAUAAAUUGCGUCCGCUGAAUUUGCGCAAACCCGAUGCUUUUACCUUGCGCACAUACACAUCACACAUGUCUAUUACCAGCGGAUUUAUCUGCGGGAGGUAUUGGCUUGAGUCGUACGUAAAUGGAGCUCUCAGAUUACCUUUGGGUUGCUCCCGGUCACAACUGUGCUGUCCUGAUCCAAACCAGUAGUGUCAGAGUACCACCCACGUGGCAUCGAAAAAAUGUAUCGGUUACCUUAAAAAAUCGAAAUUAAUGAAAUUCCUUGGCGCCAAUUCCAUGUUUAUGCGUAUGUAGAAUUGUUGGAUGCAUGUCAAUUAGAUCAAAAAUCUAUUUUAAUUUAUAUACAUGGUAAUGGUUGCUUUAGUUUUUGCGCAAUGAAAACGAUAGUUUUCAUGCAAAAAAAAACCCAACAUGAAAAUAUAAGAAAAAAACAUUCGUUAUAGAGUUUCACUACAAUGAUAUAGCCUUUUCAGUUAAUCCUAAAAUAGCAACCUUUAUGAAUACGACACUAUAUUGUUAGGAUUAUGGUCUGUAAGUAUAUAAUAUAUAUCAAAAGAACGCCUGUGUUUUCUGUGCUAUAUCUGUACUUACGAUGGAAUAUGGUAAUACCCAGAACAUGUUUAUCAUCAAAAGGAUUGUUUUAUUCAUAGAAAUUGUUGAAAUUUUAUUGCUAGCAUAAUCCUAAAUUGUAGUAGCCGUAGGUCGUAAUGCUAACCGGCUUAAGGUAACUGGUUUUAAUCGUUCUUAUAGAAUGAUUGCUUUAAUAAAGAUAGAUAAAAUACAUGUAUUGAAUACGUGCUAAAUUAAUGCUUGGUGAGAAAAUAGGUCUUAUACUGCAUGUGAAUUGUUAUUGUGUGAAAUUACUGCGCUUAUCACCUUAUGGGAUUAUACAUUAAACUCGACACGAAAUCAAUUGGUUACUCCUCCUUAUCGCUGGAUUAAAUCCAUUGAGAGAAUUAGUCCUGGAAAUUUUUACCACCGCCGUUUGUAUGUGAACUACACCUAAAAAAGAUUAAACUAUAGUGUAGCACUUUGAUGUUACCAAAGGUCUUCUCCAAACGUCUUAGUGUUUAAUCGCACAGCUGAGUUUAUUAGACAGAAACCACGGCAGCUUAUUGAAGAAUACUACCUACACUGGACCUCCAUGUUUGAAAAAGCUUAGCUCGAUCUACCUCGCUAAGAAUAUAGUGGGUUCACAUCUCAACUCAUGCAUCCUUAAUAUAUCGCCAUUUCAGGUUUUGUAACUUUGCAAUGGAGUGCAGAGGUCACAUUCUAGAAUUAUUGUAUAGAUAUACAUUCGCGGUGGGCCAUUUCGGGUUUCCAAAGAUGAAUCCACUGUGGACCUAAUUGAACUCUGGUCGGGCGCUUGUUGACGAAGCGUGCUCGUAAUGAAAUUUGACAUUGCCUAUGUGUUCAUUCUUUGCUUUGUAAACAUCAGUAUUUGUCAUGCUAAGUUGCCAUGCUUAGCCUUGCCGGACAUGCCGUUUCCGUACAUUGAACAGAACUUGAUUAGCCGGACUAUGAAAUUGGAACUCUGCACUGGACUCUCAAAGCGCGGAACGGACUCAGACCUAUAUAAGUUGGCAUCUCACUUGAUAGAAUCACAGAACUAAUUCUUGAAUGUUUUUGUAGUGUAAAUUUUUGUGAAAUUUAUACUUGAAAUUUGUAUCCACAAAAUUCUUUAUACUCUCAAGUGAGAUAUCCAAAAAUCCUUAUAAUUACCCAAACACCGUACGUUUAGAGUUCGACAACUGGACUCUGUCGGUCAGUUGACUAUAGUUACAUGUUUUGCAUUAUUUGCAACUGCUCCUGGCUGCAAGGUUCUUGAUUAAUUUCUCGUUGUUGCAAUUUCAUCUAGGCUUUAUUAUUCAUUAAUUUUGUUUGUUGUCGUUUGUCUUUGUUUUUGGUGUGAAAUUGUCUUUGAAAAGAUUGACUUGUUGAAAUAAACUGUCUGCCAGAUUUUCUAGCCCCAUGGUUAUUUUGGCAGCCAGUGCUCAUUAGAAAAAUGUAAUAGAAAAUUCAGUAGGACUAUGUGUGAUGUGUAAAUAUUUCUUUGUGUAAUAAAAGAUUGUUGUUGGUGUAAUCACGGGUGUAAUGAAUGUGUAAAAUUCACACUCGAGAUAUUCCCAACUUGAAAUGUUUCAAUACUUAAUCCCAAAUAGAACUCGAACCAAUCCUAGGCAUUGAUCAUAUCAGUUUUUUUAAAACGCCUACAUAUUAAACAUGAAUUGUCUUUGCCAAUGUAGGUACUGCCAAUCAAAUGAAUAAGCUUUCGUUGGUUGAGAUGCAAAUUCUCCUUAUAUUUUUCAGGUAGUUCCAUCUCUAUCAACGAAAGCUUGUUCAUUACAUAUUAAAUUAAACAAUCUGCGUAGCUAUAACUAAGCUUAUAAGGUGCCAUGGUUUGCGUUUGAACUACCUGUUUUUAAUCUUUCAGGUGUGUAGUUGAAACAGUACAAACUAUGGCAGCGCGUAUGAGGGUAAUUAGUUCAUGCAAUUAGCGCUGUUCUACCUUUCUGUUCUAUAUAAAUCCUUUAAAUAUUUUCUACUGGCCAACCGCGCACAUUUGAGAUUACCUGCCGGAGUCCAGAUUUUUUAUGGGCCAAAUAACCUCUUUGAUUAUAAGUUUAAAAUUAACGCCACUGUCAGUCAGUAGGUAUCGUUUACAUUGUCCAAGACAGAUUAAGUGUUGGGCAAACUUUGCGUUGACAUAUAAGUGUAAGGGUGAUGUCAAUCUGCCAUCGCACGCUACAGGAUGUCUUUUUAAACUAUCAAGCGAACCUGAAUGCCACACUACAGGUGGUGAGUCAGUCAUUUCCUUUCAUUGCUGUCCCAUAUAGCAUACCUCUUUGCGUUAAAACGCGCGUCUUGCGUUGAAGUAACUGAACAUUAACCCUGGAAUUUCUUCUACCCAUUAUAGCUUCAUUCUCAAGUGAUUCAAUGGCCGGGUUCCCGUGCAAUCGAAUGGCUCCUUAUCCAAUCCAUGGCAUUGGUCUAUCGCACCAUCCGAGCUACGAUCUGAUGGGUCCACUCGCGUCGAACUACGGUGAGUUUUACAAAUAGAAACUGUUUUCACGAAAGCCACACUAUACUGCGCAAUAAGCGAGUUAAUUCUUGCGAUUCCACCUUUUGUGGCAGAAAUUAUUUUGCGUUGACAUGGACAACCGGGCUGGCUAGAUAUGACUUGAAUAUAUAGGCGAGAUCAGUUUCGGCAGCCUGUAGUUUACAAAAAUAUUUUGCCCGCGGAGUUGGACUCCAUGUAUAACUUCCCAUUAUUUACCUAUACGUUUUCCGGCUGAUGGCCAAAUGUAUAAGGGCACUUGUGCUUUUCUUUGAAUUUAGUCUGUCCUUUUGUGUUGGCUUAGCGUUAAUCUCCGCAACCGGGUUGUUUUUCGGCUGCCCAUUAUUCGAGUACUUUCCCUGUGGUGUAAAUUAAAGGAUCUAUAAGUUUGCGUCUCUUUGCUUUGGCCACCACGAAUGAAGUUAGUCUUGAAUUUUUCAAACAGAUUGUAUCAAUAUAUAUACUUAUAUAGACGCAACGGUUUUCGGUUUGUAAAUCUUUUCAAAACAUUGCUAGCGCUCUCGAUAUAAUGUGGAUUUAGUAUAUUUAUCGAUAUACAAUUCUCCACUCCAAUUUUUUUUGCGCGCAUGAUAAAAUAGAAAACGGUUAUGAUGUUAACUAAUGAAGGACAAUAGAGUUCGGAUCAUACAUGACGCGGCCAUUGCAGGUCAUAAAAUUCAGUGAUUGUGACCGUCGCUCGCGUAUCACGAGUUUAAACUCUAUACUAGAAGUUUCUGCAAUAUGCGUCGAUCUGCAGGAUUUCAAUCUAGCUAUAUAUGUAAGCAUCCAUUCAUUUUCGUGCGCGAAUGUGCGCUAUGGCAUAUAAAUACAGCGGUUUCUGGUUGUUAACAAACUCAGUGACAUUUAUAUUUACUAUAAAUAUGCUAAGUUGCUCUCACAGCAGAGUUUAAUAUUUCCUAAUUACAAUUUUGCUUGCUGAGUCACGCAUCGGAUACAAACGCUUAGAUAUAGGCAAGGGGUUAUCUGGUGGAGUCUUGUACGCGUUUAUUACCAUGUACACUGUGAUAUCGAUCACGCUGUCUCCAUUUAAUAAUUGCAAGCAUAAAAGGUUGGCUGUGAACUACUGUAGUCAAGAUCAAUAUAUAUUCCACUGAUGUCCUGUUUAUUAUGCGACUUGUAUAUAUACCAAGUCCAAGGUCUAUAGCUACUUUAAGUAUUUUUAUCCAUUCCAUUUGAGCGGUAUAGUAUUUCCAAUUCGGCUGUAUAUAAUCUACACGUGAUUUCGAAACUUGGCAAACUAUAGUAUAUGCCACCAUAUUUUAUUGGCUUUUACCACUUUCUAAACUUAGAUUGCUAUUAGGCAGCCUACAUAUACAGACCCAUACUGCUUGGCUGGUUUCCAAAAUCGAGACUUCAGAGAUUUGUUGGUGAAAUGAAAAUGUUCUCAGCUUAGCCUUGGCUUAAUCUAUAUACAGGAAUAAAAUAUUUUACAGGUCGCCUUGGCUUAAUCGUUUUAUCCAAAGGCAAAGCGCUUAAGCUGGUUGCACGGAAUUUAUUUUUUUAAAAGAAUGGUGCCCUAUUAACACUAAAUGCGUAUAAAUAUCUCAUUUUAUGUACUCAAUUUUCGCUCAUUUGUGGGAGACGUUAAGCAAUUAGCACCGUUUCAUGCGCGUCGUGAUUCACAUGCAUUCUCACAAAAUAUGAAACGUUAGCACAACAACAAAAUUAUUUUCAAAAGUACGGUUAAAAAAGUUAUCUAUAUUAAGAAUAAGGUCAAGGCAAGCUUAAACCGCUAUUCUCUUAUGUAUAAGAUACAAUUCGAUGCAAUUUUUUUAGGUAAAUGGUUUAAAGGAAAAAUACCAGUUUGAUAUGCCAAUAAUGCCAUUAAAGUAUAUUGUUUUGAUGAACAGAUUUAAAUGCGGAUCAUGUUUCCAAAAUUCUUCCAACAGACAAAAAGAGACAUUUUCUUCCUAUAGAUGUCUUCCUUUUUCUGUUAGAAUAGUGUUCGUUAAGGCUUGAGUGUUUCAGGAUUUCGGUUGUCUAAAAUAUAUAUAUAAUAUGAUCGGUAAAUAUAAUUAUAAUAUGAUCGGUAUUGUAUUUUUGAGAAAUACCAAGUCGCUGCGAACCAACCGUUUGAAGUCUUGGCUUGAAAGAAUAUAUACCACAAAAGACAUGCGCGAUGUAUUUCUAUCAGAAACAUGCAUGAAUAUAUAGAAUAAUAUACUCAUCUAAAAACUAACUUAUACUGGAUAGCUCUAUAUAUCAGUUCUGAACUAUGCCGGAAGAAUUAAACUGUGCUGUUUGGUCACGACAAGAACUAGAAACACUUUUAUUAAAGCCUUUCCAUUUCACUCGAGGCAAUGCUGGUUCUAAGGUGUAAGGGAUAGAGCUUUUGAUAUUUAGUGAAAAAAUUAGUAAAUUUUGCUUUGAGAUUUUGCCACUGGUGAUUGUGUAAACUUUGCAGGAAAGACCAGUCUAAUCCGUCUCUAAAUAGACACCAGGUUGUUAUUGUGUAACUGGUCGCUUGAGCGUCUGUGAAUAGGAUGUCACAUAAAUUUUAUGAAACAAUAAGCCUUAAAGAUUUAAAAUGCUUUGAUUUGAGAACUUAAUGGGCAAAUUUGCGUAGCCACAUGUAUGAAAGGGAAUUUACUAGACGAGUCUGUUGACUUGUUGGCUCGGUUACGAGUGCUGUUAUCUUUUCUUCAGGUAAUCUAUGCUCCUCCCUUAUGCACCUCUAGGGAGAACAGUUUAGAACUAAUACAGCUAUCCGGUAUAAAUAGUUAGUUAAUUUCAGGUUUCCUCCUGUAGUAACACUGGGCAAUGAGGAACAACCCUCACUGGACCUCUAUAUAUGCGAGCUAUCUAGUAUAAAUAACUUUGGUCUAAUUGAAGUAAAAUUUCCUCCUAAUUGGAGAUCUGGAGAGUUGAGUUUAGAACUGAUAGGGCUAUCUGGUAUAAAUAAAGUUAGUUUAGUUGAGGUUUCCUUCUGUAGUAUUAAACACUGGAUCAAUAUAAAGGGAUGACCAUUACUGGACCUCUAUAGGGAGAACAGUUUACAACUGAUAUAGAGUUCGCGCCCUAAUUGGACCUCUAGGGAGACGAGUUUAGAACAAACGGAGCUAUUCAGUAUAAAUAAAUAAAUAAAAUUAGUUUAUGUGAAGUAACACUGGAUCGAUAAAAGAUCCCUUACCGAUUCUAUACAAAGAGAACAGUUUAGCACUGAUAGAGCUUUCUGGGUAUAAAUAAAGUUAAUUAGCUUUAUAGUUUAUAGGUUUUCUCCUAUAGUCAUUUUAUACACCCAUGACCAUGUUCUCGUCUUAUUCUAAAGCUUCAUUCGCCCCAGGUCAUCACCCACCACGAAAGCAACGUCGAGAAAGAACCACAUUCACGAAAGCUCAGCUGGAAAUCCUAGAAGCUCUCUUUGCAAAAACUCGCUAUCCAGAUAUAUUUAUGCGCGAAGACGUCGCGAUGAAAAUUAACCUGCCAGAAUCUCGCGUUCAGGUCAGUUCCUUUAUAAUACGUUUAUGAUCCUUGCUCUACAGUAUGAAUUUCACAAAGCGCUGUCGUGUUGCAGGAAUUAGAGAGCUUUAUAUUUGAGUUCCAGUACGACUACGAGAUUCGUUUAUUUGGAUAUAAAUGCAAGAAGAACUUCGACUUUCGAACGAAGACGAAGUCCUCUUUGUCUUUGUAUUUUUCAGGUAGCUAUACCCUAUAUCAAACUAGCUCGAUUCCCGUAGAUUUUUGGUAUGAAAUAACUAAUUGGACAAGAAAAAAUCUACGAGGAUUCGAGGUAUAAUGUCCACCAUGUAGUCCAAACUGACAACCCUCGCAGUAAAACUACUAUCGACUACGAGACCAUGGCCGCCUAUGGCGUGGGAAGGUAAUAAUAGCAUAAGAAGAUAACCAAGCAUGUGCAAACAACAUCUCGUACUCGUAGUGAAAUGAACCCAAAUCUAAAGCUGUCUAUUAUAUGCGCCUCAACGAAACUAACUUUAUUUACACCGGAAAGCUUUAUCAGUUAUAAACUGUUCUCCCUAGAAGUCCAGUAACAGUAAGGGUCAUUCUUUAUUGAUCCAGUGUUAUCUUCUCAUAACCAGGCGGUUAUCAAAAUGAGAAAAUGUUUAUUCUUUGCAUUAUUUACAGUAUAUAUAUAGCCUUGUAUUUGAAAGAGCUUAAUUUUCUUGCUGCAAUAAAGUGUCAACAUUUUUGACGGCGACCGGCACCAUCUGCUUCUUCAAGCGACAAUAAAACAACUCAUAGGAUUAUAUCACUUUCUUUCAAUGAGGUGAUAGCGUUUGUACGUGAGAAAAGUCAUCAUAUUGUUCUCGACUGCACAUGUGCUCUGCGAGUACGCUUCGAUUCAUGCAAUACGCAGUGGUACUAAGUACUAACGAUUGUAAUUCUACCUUAUUUAUAUGUUAGAAGAGUCCUCCCAGUUGACUCUAACCAAACACCGCGAGUUUUCUUUGGUUUUCUCUUGCAAUGACAAUAUAAAGGGGGUAGGCCCUAUACUGGUCUUCUAAUUCCCUAGACUAGACACUAGUAAUCUUCGUUUUCAAAUAUUUAAUAUCAAAACUAUGCAUUGGAAAACAUAUUGAAAUCCUUACUAUGGAAUUCACAUCGCAUCACCGUUUCCACACUAUAUCCAUAGUAUAUGGAAAUGCAAUUAGUAUGCCAAAUUGGAUUUCCAUACUAUUUCCAUACUCUAUAGUAAUGAUUUUGAAAAAAACAUUCAGUGUUGGUUGUAGUAGUAAACAUAUAUAGGUGAAACAUGUGAAUCAUUAUAUCGUAAUGUCAUGUAGUAGAACAUUGGGACAUUGUUUAAGUCGCUGAAACAAGUUCUAAACCUUGAAUACAGUAGCUUGAAUGCCUUGACAUUGAAGCGAUCUGCAGAGCCUUGAACAAGUUCAAGUUGAACUUCCUUUGUUUUUGUCAAAAUAGUAACAUGAAUGUUUUAUUUACAUUUUCCUGUGACAAGGUAAACAUAUCGAACCAUUAUCCCAUUAAAAACCACGUUUGUCCACGUCAACCUGCAUAUCUGCAGUUAAUUGUUGCGUAACGAGGUAGCCGGCAGAAUUUCUGGAGCCAUGAAUUUGCUUAUCUACGGUAUCUAUGUAAAACACAAACUAGUUGCUUCGAUAGAAAGAUUAAUUGCAAUUUCCCACCGCUAUAUAGUAUAUCGGUUUCCUCCAUUAAUAACACUGGAUCAAUAAAGGGUGGCCCUUACUGGACCCGUAGGGAGAACAGUUUGGAACUGAUAGAACUAUCCAGUAAAAUAAUAAUAAUUUUCAGAUUUCCUCCUGCAUGUAGUAAUACUGGAUCAAUAAAGGGUGGCCUCACUGGAACUUUAGGGAGAAUAGUUCGGAACUGAUAGAACUAUCUAGUGUAAAUAAAGUUAGUUUAGUUUAGGUUUCCUCCUGUAGUAACACUGGAUCAAUAAGAGAUGACUCUUACUGGACCUCUAGGGAGAACAGUUUGGAAUUGAUAGAGCUAUCAAAUAAUAUAGAUAAAGUUAGUUUAGUUUAGUUUAGGUUUCCUCCUGUAGUAGCACUGAAGCAAUAUAUAAGGGAUGACUCUUACUGGAUAGAGCUAUCAAGUAUAAAUAAAGUUAGUGUAGUUUAGGUUUCCUCCUAGAAUCAAUUCUAUAAGGAGAACAGUUGAUAUUGCCGAUUAUUGCUAUAUCCAUGAUUUGAUCAUGAAUAUCAGCAUUCAUGAUUCUUUGGCCAGCUCAAGAUCAAUAAAUAGACAAGACAUGUCAUCAUAUUGUCAGGGAAAUUGAGUUUCCUCUUUUCAUCAAUCAUGUGUGUUUUGAUGAUAAGCAACUGGCCUGAAGUGAGUGUUAAAUAAAGGCGGGCUAGUGCGAUUUCAAAAUAAAUAUGGUUAUGGCAAACACCUAACGGUAUUUAUACACCAAUUAACAGAAAUCAAUCAUGUGACAAUAAUUAUUUGGACAGAUAGAGAAGGCCCGCUUACACUUGCAAUUUUUGCCUCGAUUUCUCGUGCGAUUUUCUACUUCUGAUGAAUGUGAACGAGUGGAUGAGUUAUCAUUGUCCUGAGUAUAUGUAUCUCUCAUCAUUUAACAUUCAUAACUCGUCCACUCGUUUACAUCCAUCAGCAGAAGACAAUUGCACUAGAAUCGCAGCAAAAAUAAACUGGCCUAGAGUCUUUAAUUAACAGAGAAGUUUACUCUUGUUUAGGGCGUCUUUUUAGGCUAUUUUGGCUAAACUUCUUGUAUACCAUUUUUGUGUCAACAUAGAAACAAUAUCUAUUGCAUAUCAUAGGGCUGUGGUUUAUGUAUCCUAGUGCAAAUUGCGAGCAAUGACCCUCGUUUUAUCAAACAUAAUCGGCUUACAUGUAUGGUAAUUUACAUUAUGUUCGGUACUGCUUAACGCGGUUUGAACUCGGCCAAGAAACCCGAAAAUGCGAGUUCGAUUAAGACUUUACGGUCCAUAAAAGUACGAAUUUCAAACCCCGCUGCUGGUGAUUAAAGUCAUUUUUCACUUGAUAUAUGGUAAAAAUAAAGGUCGACAGUUCAUCGGGGCGGAGUCACGAAAUUACAUGUUGAAAAAUUAUCAUGAAAAGAUUCUGAAACACUUCCGUUCCAAGAAAUUAGCCAUUGAAAGAUGGGAAGCUUGCAAGGAAACAAUGUAUUUUGAGAUAGCGCCAGACAUGUUAGGCACGCAACGCUCUUGUGAAACGCGGAAACGGACAAACGGAUUCUGGAAACGUACAACGGAAAUGCGGACGGUUUGCUCCUAUUCGAAUUCAAUCUCACAUAGUAAAAGACGUCCAUGUAUAAGGUUCUAUAAUGUCUGGCCUCUUCAUAACCUUUCCUUUUCUCCCCCCUAGGUCUGGUUCAAAAACCGCCGCGCCAAAGUACGACAACAACAGCAGAAUAGCGAAGGAAAACCGAAGCCAAAGAAGAAACCAUCUACCCCUAAAGAUCCUCCAAAGAUCCCGGUUACCUCGGGUUACCCUCAGUACCCCAGCUGUGGAGCAAACAUCUGGAGUCCGGUCGGAGAUCAGUCGGUUAUCCAACGCCCCCCGCCUUACGCUCCAUCCAUCAUCAACAGCUCAAUGUCGAUGGGCAGCUCGUCAUCUAUGCUAGUCCCAGGCCCCCCGCCGCCACCCCGGUAUUGUUCCUCGACCCAGGACUACUCGUACAUGCCAAUGAGCAUGCAUUUUAACCCGCCCAGUUCGACCUCAUCUCAAUAUGACUAUUUAGAACAUGGCCUGCCUAUCGGGCAGCCGUUGCCCAUGGGUGGUCUCAGUAAUCCUUCACGUGUUUAACACACGAAUAGCACAUGUUAGUCACGUGCUGACUUCGCUGACUGUGAGUAAUGUGGCGUGGCGUGUAGGGACAGUAAAGCCCCAUUUACACUACGCUCGAUUUUUGGUACCGUACCACUUUUUUUGGUUUUUGGACUACCUAAAUAGGUAGUCCAAGAACCAAAAACGUGGUACGGGUACCAAUUUUAUCCGUGCCGUACCAAAAAUUGAGCGUAGUGUAAACGGGGCUUAAGACACCUUGGCACGCGAGAAGACACGGGGACGACGCUUUAAAGGGACAAUGAUUGUUGGUGGGUUUCAGGACACAUUACAAAGCAAGAGAUGAUUGUCAACUUUAUAGAAAUAUGUCGACACAGGACCUGUUCAUAUGAGCCUGGGAGACUCUCCUGAGUCUACAUGCCUUUUUUUAACGCAUUUGUGUUCAUAUGAGAAACGAGCCAGCUCUAGGCUAGGUGAGGUCUCACCUCGCCCUAGGCGAGAUGUCAGUCAAGUGGGGUAAAAUUUUCCAUAUGAAGGCUUUAUUCUACCUGACUGGAUUGGAGUUUUUUGCCGAUUUUGAUCUAUAAUGUAGUAUUGAAGAGCAUAGUUGGAAAAUAAACAGACACUAUUAAAGUCGUACAGUAUUACAAGGUGUAGUUUGUUUAAGUAAAAUUUAGAAUAUGAACAUAGAAAUUUGGGCUUCCCGGGAAAAAACCUGGCUCACAUGAACAGGCCUUAAUAGGAGAACCAAAAUUACAUUUAUCCUCUCUAUUUAUUUUCUACCAAAACAAGGCUCUACAUACACUGUAUAAUGAAGAGAAUUUGCACAAUUUUCUCACUGAUAACUGUAUAGGUUGACGGUUGACCAUCAUCUUCUGUACGAUGGUAAAACCCUCUGUGAAACCCACCCUAUACCAUGUGACCUUGCAUGGAAUGGCGCCCACAAUUAUUUAUAGUUCGGAGUGAUUUCAUCGUCAGUAACUAUGUCUAUGCUAGCUUAUUUAUGAAUUCUGGAUGUAAAGUGUAAGCCUUUGUGAACCAAAAGGAAACAUAAAUCAUAAAUGAAAUUGUUAAUAUUAAUUGUACAAAGUUAUUAACUAGAACAUUGUAAAAUAGAUGUCUUAACAUUUUGUUCAGUG